AAGCUCCGCUUGGUUCGAAGGAAAGAGGGAAGGAAGGAAAAGAGAAAAAAAGAAACAUAACACUAGUGUGACUUGAAAGGAUGUCCAAAUGCCAAGUCAUAAAACAUUUCUAUACACUCACACUCGGACAACUCCUGUACCUUCCUCUCCCACUUUCCUCUCUCUUUUCUUCUCUUUUUGUAGAGUCUCAGUUACACCAAUUAAUCCAAAAAUAUCAAUAUGGUGAGGCUGAAAGCAGGAUCAAGGCCACCGUGGGUAGGACUUGGAGCUGCUGUUUGGGUGCAGAUAGCGUCAGGGAAUGCUUACAACUUCCCUCUUUAUUCUCAUUCUUUAAAAUCUGUUCUUGGUUUUAACCAACAUCAGCUUACUAUGCUUGGUGUUGCUAAUGAUAUUGGUGAGAAUGUUGGGCUAAUUCCUGGUAUUGCUUGCAACAAGUUCCCUCCUUGGGUUAUUCUCUUGAUUGGUUGUUUGGCUUGUUUCUUUGGUUAUGGUGUUCUUUGGCUUGCUGUUAGCCGUACUGUUCAGUCUUUGCCUCACUGGUUGCUAUUUCUUGCACUCUGUGUUGGCACAAACAGCAGCGCUUGGUUGAGCACAGCAGUGCUUGUGACUAACAUGAGAAACUUCCCCCUUAGUCGAGGCACAGUUGCUGGUAUUCUUAAAGGUUAUGGAGGGAUCAGUGCAGCUGUGUUCACUGCAAUUUACAGCAUGCUUCUUGAUAAUUCUUCCUCUAAGCUUCUGAUGUUCCUUGCAAUUGGAAUUCCAGUUCUGUGUUUCAUGAUGAUGUAUUUUGUAAAGGCUUGUACUCCAGCUUCUGGUGAGGACUCUUCGGAACACUCCCAUUUUCUUUUCAUCCAGGCAACUCUUGUUAUACUUGGAUUUUAUGUUCUCAUAACCACAAUAUUGGACCACAUGCUUCAUUUGAGUUCCCCAAUAUCCUAUAGUUUUCUUGCUAUGAUGAUUAUCCUUGUCAUGGCUCCACUUGCAAUCCCCAUAAAGAUGACAAUUUGUCGUACUAGAGCCACUAAAUCGGAAUUACUUGACCAAUCAGUUGAGUCUUCAGACUGUUUGGUACAAGCUGAAGGAAAUGGAGAAAAAACUGAACCAUUACUCAAAUCAUCUUCAUCAACACAGACAUUUGGUAGCUUUCGGGAAAACGAUGAGACAUCUGAGGUGGCUAUGCUUCUAGCUGAGGGUGAGGGGGCAGUGAAGAAGAGGAGACGGCCCAGAAGAGGGGAGGAUUUCAAAUUUACUGAAGCCUUAGUUAAAGCCGAUUUUUGGCUUCUUUUCUUUGUGUACUUUGUUGGGGUCGGUUCUGGGGUAACUGUGCUCAAUAAUCUUGCUCAGAUAGGGAUCGCACUAGGUGUUCAUGAUACCACAACCUUGUUAUCACUCUUCAGCUUUUGCAAUUUUGUGGGACGUCUUGGUGGUGGUACUGUCUCUGAACAUUUUGUCAGGUCAAGAACAAUCCCUCGUACAAUAUGGAUGACAUGCACUCAAAUAGUGAUGAUCAUAACAUACCUGCUGUUUGCUUCUGCCAUUGAUGGUAUCCUUUAUGCUGCAACUGCAUUACUUGGUAUUUGCUAUGGGGUUCAGUUUUCUAUCAUGAUUCCAACUGUCUCUGAGCUUUUCGGCUUGAAGCAUUUCGGUAUAUUUUACAACUUCAUAUCGAUAGGAAAUCCACUUGGAGCAUUCCUCUUCUCAGGUCUCCUAGCAGGAUAUAUAUAUGAUACGGAGGCAGCAAAGCAGCAGGGGAUGAAUCUGUUGUUGGGCUCAAGCAUCGCCUGCAUAGGUCCAAAUUGCUUCAGGCUAACCUUCUUGGUUCUGGCCGGCGUCUGUGGUGUGGGCUCCAUCUUGAGCCUUAUUCUAACUAUGAGAAUAUGGCCUGUUUAUGAGAUGCUUUAUGCUGGGGGUUCCUUCAGGCUACCUCAAACUUCAGCUCAUUAAAGUUAUUGUUGCAUGGAGGUUUGAAGUCAUUAAGAAAGCCAUUCCUAAUGAAGCACAUGUUAGUAUAGAUACUUCAGAUCCAGUAAGUUUAGGGUUUAGGAUUUCAGUCAGUUCAAUUCAUGUUUGAGUGGCCAUCCAUCAAUUCAAGGUGCAUCAAAUGCUUAUUACUCUGAUUAUGAUGCUAAAAUCAUUCUAUUUUAAAACAAAAUGUGAAUUAGAUUAUGUUCCAAUUUACACUAAUGCGUGAAAUGUAUGUGCACACCAAUCAUAAAUAUUAAUUUGCUGAAGAUUUAUUAUGCCAAAGAUAUUUUAACAUAUUUGAUUAAGAGGAGUUUUCUAAAAGAAAGAAAUAAGAGGCAAAUUGAGUUAGUGACCAUUAAAUUCCGAGAGGUAAAUUUUAUCAACAGCAUAAAUGUGCAUACAAUGAGCAUAAUUAUCAUUGACAAUGCAUACACCUUGUCUUUAUAAUCAAUGCCUAACCAAACAACUUACCCUUUGGCUUAUUUAUGUUUAUGGUGAAGUUAUUUCAUCAAAGCUUAUAAAUAAGGUGCCAGGGGGAAAUGACCAUCCUUGUCAAUUAGUAGGAUAGGUAGGGUGUGGCACCCUCAUUUAGCCUAGAAAAUAUAUAAGAUGACAGAUGCAUUCUCAUCAGUUACCUCUUAAUGUAAAUUUUUUAAUUGUUUAUCUGAAUAUAUUACCUUCUAACUUGAGUUUUUAAGUAGGCUUGAUGGAGUUGGUGGUCGUUAUUAAUAAUAAAUGCUAAUUAUAGGAGAUCAGUUGUUCUAAGUAUCUGCAGGAUAGAUUUUCAAAGCCAAACAACAGUCACCUUAACAGCUAUUUGCAUCAGGCAAGGAGUACAUAUGGAGUUCCUGAUAUAAUUGAAACUGAGAUACCUUUCUACUAAAGCUGUUGUUUAACAUCAGUUGCGGGUGGCAUUCUGUUGAAGCAUGAAUAUGGUGGCAAAGAUAUGACUUUUUGCUCCCCGCAAGUGGGAAAAGAGAAAAAGAAUAGGAUUUAUGGAAUGUAGAUGCUUUAAGUUCUUAUAUUUAUUCGUAUUGGUUACGGUAGUUGCUUUAGUUAUAUGUAUUAAAUGUUGCUAUUGAUUGCAGGGAUAACGAAAGUGAUGUAGAAAGGCAGUUGUUAGAGCAGCAGCAUAGUUGGCGCCUUGCUCAACAGAUAAAACCUCCUUGCAGAGUUAUAGAUGAAAAUUUACAGUGUUUAUAGAAGUUUUUGUAAGUAUUUAUUCAUCGGCAGCUAGAGAAUCAGAAAUCAACCAACUGAUGAUGUGAGGUGUUCUAGUACGGAUUGCAGUUCUCAUUACAUAACUGCUUAGAAAGCAGUCUUUUAUUACAGAACCAGAUUUAGGUAGCAGUAGUUGCAGCCAGUAUUGAUACUUUUUAAGUGUCUGUUGUUCUCACUUAUUUGCCUGAACUGCUGUACUAUAAAAUCAUUAAAUAUACUUCAGUUUUGGUGGUGCUUAA